UGCUUCACAAGUUCUAACAGCUGGUACAUAAUAUCUCUCUGAAAUGCACCUUGAUUUGCGGUGUGACUUGCUAUAGUAUUCUUGCAAUAGAAUCCUCCAUCACGAGAGGUGUCAACAACGGGCACAAGGGUAGCUUCAGCGACGCCGUGUUCAAAAUUCGCCUCAGACAUCGUUAGCCAUGCAGUGCACUCGAAGGUUACUCGGGCCCCCGGGUAUUUUCAAAAGGAGUUUAGAAGAUGUGAAGCGGUUUGUGGGCAUAGCAACUCGAUUAGAGGCAGUUACCGGACCUACUCGACCCUAUGACCUAAUAUUUUUCAAGGAUAAAUCCUCAAUUGAACAAUGUAAAACAAUGUCUGAUGCAGACAUGGGCGGGUUCUCCACGGUGCACCUCGAUUACAUUCCUGCCAAAGACUCGGAGCCAGCACAUGCACGAUUUCACGGCACCAUUUCUACAGAACUCCCGCGCAACAAACCGCACAUUGUACGAUCCGGAUACGCAGGCUGGGCAACCCAAGACCGCAAGCCCACCCUUUUCGGCCGCGGCUUUUGGGACUUCGAUCCAUACACUCAUUUGUGUCUCAAUGUCCUCUCUGACGGGCGCAAGUACUUCGUAAAUAUUCGCACAGACUCAAUUGUCGCAUCGGAUGUCCACCAGCACCAGCUGACGGCUAAGCAACCAGGAAAGUGGGAGACCGUUGUAAUCGAUUUGAAGGAGUUUGUGCGGACGAAUCAAGGAGAAGUCGUAGAGCCACAAAGUGAAAUGUUGAGAGAAAGCGUGAAGAGCGUGGGAAUUAGUUUGCUGGAUCGUAUACCACGGCCGUUUGAAUUGAAGAUCUCGAGAGUCUGGAUAGCAAAUUUAAAUGGGGAUGUCGAAUUUAGGCAUGAUCAAUUACAUGGAUCUGAGGAUUUGGAAAAUGAGAAGAUUUCACCAACGACAAGGAGACGAAGGAGUAAUUUACCAGAUAAAAUUCUAAUGUGAUUGUAAAUUGUGCGUUGGCGGAAGCUCGAGCGUUGUGGGGAAAGAUCAGUGUUGAUAGCAUGGAAUAAGCGAAAUUUCUUGUCUUAAGAGACCUGUACAUAGAUGGUGUAAACUAUUGACUUCAACCCGAUCCAAAAGCCGCUGUAGUUAUCAUUUUGUACGGGGACGUAAAAUAGAUUUGGUCCAUCGACGAA